GCUACAACAUUGUUGUGGUGGAGCACUCCUGUACAGUAGGUGGCGCAUAUGUUUACAUGAAAGUGAUGAUGAGGAAUAGGAAAAAUAACCUCAACAGUAAGCUAACGUUACAAACAAAGCUAGCUAGCUAUCGAUGUUAAGUUUCUGAUAUUAUUGUAUUUGUUUGAAUAGCUUGCUAGAUAACUGUAUGUCGUCAUAAUAUAUAAAACAUAAAGACUGUUUUCAUAUUGAAAAAGGGGACAAAAGCGUCGGGGGACAAUGUCGGGUUCCGUGGUCGAGUUCCAGGCGCAGAUAGCCUCAAUCAUGGAGGUGCUAGCCAACGCUGCUGUAACCGAAAUCUGCAAAGUUGUUGACGAUGGCUAUGCGAUUGUACACCUGAAGAUGACCCAAAGCCACAAGGAGAACGAAUUUCUCCGGAGGAAAAUGAAACUGAUGGAACUUCAGAUCUCGAGGUUUCGAUCUGAGAGAACAAAGUUUUCAGAUGGGUCCGUCCACAAUCGCUUCCAUGGAAUACGCCUGCUAAACAGACACAACAAUCGAGAGACGGCAACGACAGGACCUACUUGGCAAAGCAGAAACAGACUUUCCAACAGGAGUUUUGGGAACAGCAGCAUACCAAGAGACAGACAGCCCAUAGACGUGGACCAAGAGGAUGUCUCUCCAUCAAAGCAUAUGGAUGCUACAAGUGAUGAGCAGUCAGCAGAGACAGAGGAAGGGGAACCACACCUGCUCAUCAUCAAGGUGGAGGGAGAAGCAGAUGACCAGGACUCUAGGAUCAGCCACCCAGUUAGAACAGUGGAGGGCAGCAGAGAGCUAACCACCCAACCGGCUGCAGCCACCACAGAGGACCCCGCCUUCCAGCCCAGUGGCCCCAGAGGCAACAACAACUACUACAACAACACUGUUAUGGAGCAGUCAGCAGAGACAGAGGAAGGGGAACCAGACCUGCUCAUCAUCAAGGAUGAGGGGGAAGCUGAUGACCAGGACUCUAGGAUCAGCCACCCAGCCAGAACAGUGGAGGGCAGCAGAGAGCUAACCACCCAACUGGCUGCAGCCACCACAGAGGACCCUGCCAUUCAGUCCAGUGUCCCCAGAGGCUACAACAACACCGCUAUGGAGGUCAGUGGAUCUGACGCCAUCCUCCUCCAGUCAGAAACAGGGACUGUGAACCAGGGAUCCCAGCAGCACACAGGAUUUGAACCCAAAGCAGAGAGACCGAGUCUGGACACAAAGUGUGACAUGAACAGGGGCCUCAAUCUCCUAAGAGAUUCUUUAAACCAGGUGUGGAGAGAGGUAGUAGCGACUGAUGAUGGCGCCUCUGCUGCUCACACUAAAGUAAUGGACCUAGGGAGUGGCCCAGAAACACAGACUAGCUCAGACAUAGAAAUGAGAAGUGUAGGGUUAGAAAACCACAGGUUUUCCCCCAAGUCGUUCCAUUCCUCAUCAGAACAUGUGAUAGUGAUUGACUCUGUAUCCAGUGGGCAACAGGUAGAUAGAGAUUUCGAGUGGGGUCAGGUGGGUACAGCUAUUACACAGAUCAAUGGGACUGGAAAUAAGCAGGGAGUGGGAGGGUUUAACAGAAAUGCACCAAUGAUUCGCCCCGUUCACCCCGAUUCAAUGAGAGACAACACAACGCUAUUGGUUUCACCCAGCUUCCGGCCCUCAGAGAUAAAUACAGGCAUGCAUCUUGGCACAGGAAAUGCAGGUGAGGCCAACAAAGCUAGUUGGUGUUCGUUGGCAAGCCUCCAUAGACACUCUGAAAUACCAGGAAUAAGAGUUCAACAACCAGCUCAUGCCUCACUUCCUGACGGCUAUUUUAGACCAAGCGCCACAACUUUCUCUCACUCCAGUAAUUUCGCCACACACUUUAGACCUGGCACUGUAGAACGACCGUAUGGUUGCCCGAGUUGCCAUAAAAAGUUUCUCCACGAGAGCGAGUUAUGCCAUCACAUGAUCAUCCACACCAGAAAGCGAGCGUUCGCCUGCACAUUGUGUGAGAAGAGCUUUGUGUCCCCCAGCAAGCUCCAAGUGCACCAGAACGUCCACACUGGGGAGAAGCCCUUCAGUUGUGCACAGUGCUGCCGCAGGUUCUCCCACUCCAGCAAUCUGAAUAGACAUCAGAAGCUUCAUCAUUGAUAGCUGAUACAGAAGCAAGAGAUUCCUAUGGAAAAAAAGCAAUGGAUUAGCAUUUUGUCAGUUAGGUUAUAGCAACACGCUAUGAAAGGCCUGCCUACUUCCUGGAUCAUGUACCUUGCCUUUUUUUUAAUGGGAUUCAAGAGUAAAUAAUCAAAUUCAUGAAAACGCUGUCAUUUGAUAUACAGUUGGGUCCAAAAGUAUUUGGACAGUGACACAUUUUGUUGUUGUUUUGGCUCUGUACUCCAGCACUUUGGUCAUAUUUAGGAUUUUUAUGCUGAAAACUCUCACUCAUCAUUAUUCACGAUUCAUUCAUGAUUAUCUGUAAUCAUGGUAGCAUCCAUAUUAAUGUGGAAGUGUUUAGAAACACAUUCUAUUCUUAUUUACAAUAAAAGUGACUCCAAAAUGACAAUACAUUAUUUACCAUUCACAGCUUCUACCCUCAAGCCAUUAGGCUGCUAAACAGUUAAUCAAAC